AUGCCCAACACGUUUGGCCUCACAAGCCGCGGAUCCAACGUCCGCUCGCGCGGCACGUUUCGCAAGCGAGGCGGUGGACCUAGAUCCGGUUCCUUCAAAAGCGCAACCGAAAAAGCCAUCGCAAAUGCGGCAGCACAGCUCGUAAAGGGUGUCGAGGACGGCACUGCCGUCGAGGAGCGCUUCCAAGAAGUCAAGGAACGAGACGAGAUCGACGAAAGGCUCGGCUUCCAUCGCCUUGAGCAGGGUGAGACGAGGCAAGCAUGGCUCGUCAACAUGCACCCCACCCUCCUUCGCGACCCAGACCACCCUACCGGCAAAAGCGGUGUCGACUUUUACUUCAUCGAAGACGACGCCAGCAUGUUCAAGGCAACCGUCCUCUAUCAACCAUAUUUUCUCGUCGGAUGCAGACCAGGUACAGAGAGCUCCGUCGAGGAGUGGCUCAGACGCAGAUUCGAGGGCCUCAUCCAAUCAAUACAGCGCGAACGCAAGGAGGAUCUCAAGCUACCCAACCAUCUGCUCGGCCACCAGCGUCUCUAUGUCAGGCUCACCUUUCUCAACGUUCAGGAUCUCCUCUCGGUUCGUAAGGAGCUCUUGCCCCUCGCAAAAGCGGCUCAAAAGAAGCUUUCGGCCGUCGACACCUACGCCGACGUGCUUAGCGCCGCCUCCGCGGCCGCCGCGAGCGCAUCCGUCGAGAUCGAGAUGGAAUCCCACGGCCAAGCCGACGGUCUCGUUGGUGAAGACGGAUGGACAGGAGGCCGUAAGCGAGCCGCAGCCAGCGCCCUCGAUCCUGCCGAGUGUCUUGUCGACAUCAGAGAGUACGACAUCCCAUACUACCUGCGCGUCGCCAUCGACCAGGACAUCCGCGUGGGUCUCUGGUACGACGUCAGCUUCGAGGACGGCAUCGUCAGCCUCAGCAUGGUCCACGACCGUGUCAAGCGUGCCGAUCCCGUCGUCAUGGCCUUUGACAUCGAGACCACAAAGCAGCCGCUCAAAUUCCCCGACGCAGAGACCGAUGCGAUUAUGAUGAUCUCGUACAUGAUCGACGGCCAAGGUUACCUCAUCACCAAUCGCGAGAUCGUCUCGGAAGACAUUGACAACUUCGAAUAUACCCCCAAAGACGAGUACGAAGGUCCCUUUAUCAUCUUCAACGAAAGGGACGAAUUUGAGCUCCUCAAGCGAUUCUUUGAGCACUUCCGCGACGCCGCUCCCACCGUUGUAGCCACCUACAACGGUGACCUUUUCGAUUUCCCCUUCAUCGACGCACGAGCACGCGCCCACGGUCUCAACAUGAUGAACGAGAUCGGCUUCGCAAAGGACUCUGACAACGAAUACAAGUCACGCGCAGCCGCUCAUCUCGACUGUUUCAGGUGGGUGCAGCGUGACUCGUACCUUCCGCAGGGCUCGCAGGGUCUCAAGGCUGUCACCGUGGCCAAGCUCGGCUACGACCCGAUGGAGCUCGAUCCAGAACUCAUGACGCCGUACGCGAUCGAACAGCCUCAGACGCUGGCGCAGUACUCGGUAUCCGACGCCGUCGCCACCUACUACCUCUACAUGAAGUACGUCCACCCAUUCAUUUUUUCGCUUUGCAACAUCAUCCCACUCAAUCCGGACGAGGUGCUGCGUAAAGGCUCGGGCACCCUGUGUGAGACGCUCCUCAUGGUUCAAGCGUACAAGGGUAAUAUCAUCAUGCCAAAUCGUCACGAGGAUCCCGUCGGCAACACCUACAAGGGCCACCUUCUCGAGUCCGAGACCUACGUCGGCGGACACGUCGAAGCGCUUGAAGCCGGCGUCUUCCGUUCCGACAUCGAGACCGACUUCCGCGUAGACCCUGCAGCGAUCCAGCAGCUGAUCGAUGAUCUCGAUGCAGCGCUGCAAUUCAGCAUCCGAGAAGAGGGCAAGCUCGCUCUGGAAGACAUCGAGAACUACGACGAGGUCAAAGCCGAGAUCCGCGCCAUGCUCGAGGUGAUGCGCGAUCAACCCAUCCGCAAGGACUGCCCGCUCAUCUACCAUCUCGACGUCGCCGCCAUGUAUCCCAACAUCAUGCUUAGCUACCGGCUUCAGCCGGAUUCCAUGGUCAGCGAAGCCAUGUGCGCCACCUGCGACUACAACAGACCGGGCAUGAAGUGCGACAAGCGCAUGGACUGGGCGUGGCGAGGAGAGUACUUUCCAGCAAAACGCGAUGAAGUCAACAUGAUCCGCAACGCGCUUGCCAACGAGACCUUCCCUCCCAAGGCAGCCCACCUCUCCCGUCGCACCUUUGACGACCUCGAGCAGAACGAACGUACGGCAUUGCUCCACAAGCGUCUCGGAGACUACUCACGCAAGGUGUACCGAAAGACGCACGAGUCCAAGACGGUCAUCCGCGAGGCUGUCAUCUGCCAACGCGAGAAUCCCUUCUACAUCAACACAGUGCGAGACUUCCGUGAUCGUCGAUACGAGUACAAGGGACUUCACAAGACGUGGAAGAAGAACCUCGACAAGGCUGACUCGCUCAACGACACCAUCGAAGCCAAAAAGAUGAUCGUGCUCUACGACUCGCUGCAGCUCGCCCACAAGUGUAUCUUGAACUCCUUCUACGGCUAUGUGAUGCGAAAGGGUGCGCGUUGGUAUUCGAUGGAGAUGGCCGGAAUCACUUGUCUUACGGGUGCAUCCAUCAUCCAGAUGGCCAAGGAGCUGGUCGAGCGGAUCGGACGUCCGCUCGAGCUCGACACCGACGGUAUCUGGUGCAUGCUGCCCGGCGUCUUUCCCGAAAACUUCAACUUCAAGGUCAAGGGCGGCAAGAAAUUCGGCAUCUCGUAUCCCUGCACCAUGCUCAACCACCUCGUCCACGAGAAGUUCACCAACCACCAGUACCACGAGCUCGUCGACAAGCAGACAGGCAGAUACGAGGUGCGCAGUGAGAACUCGAUCUUUUUCGAACUCGACGGACCUUACAAGGCGAUGAUCUUGCCAUCUUCCAAAGAGGAAGACAAGUUGCUCAAGAAGCGAUACGCCGUGUUCAACCCGGACGGCUCGCUGGCCGAGCUGAAAGGUUUCGAGGUCAAGCGUCGAGGAGAGUUGCAGCUCAUCAAGGAUUUCCAAAAGCAGAUUUUCGAGAAGUUUUUGCUCGGUACAACGCUCGAUGAAUGCUACGCUGCCGUCGCCAAAGUCGCCAACCAGUGGCUCGACGUGCUCUACAGCAAAGGAUCGACGUUGCACGACGAGGAGCUGAUCGACUUGAUUGCCGAAAACAAGUCCAUGUCCAAGACGCUGCAGGAAUACGGUAGCCAAAAGUCGACCGCCAUCACCACAGCCAAGCGCCUGGCCGAGUUCCUCGGUGCCCAGAUGAUCAAAGACAAGGGCCUCGCUUGUAAGUUCAUCAUCAGCGCAAAGCCGUUCGGAGCUCCCGUGACGGAGCGCGCCGUGCCUGUGGCGCUCUUCAACGCCGAGCCUUCGGUCAAGCAGCACUACCUGAAGAAGUUCUUACGUGACAACUCGAUCACCGACUUUGACAUCCGCAACAUCCUCGAUUGGAACUACUACAUCGAGCGCUUUGGCGGUGUGAUCCAGAAGCUCAUCACCAUCCCAGCGGCGAUGCAGAAGGUGUCCAAUCCCGUGCCAAGGGUCCGUCACCCAGACUGGCUCUUCAAACGUGUAGCUGCGCGCGAGGACAAGUUCAAGCAGAGAAAGUUGACCGACGUCUUCCGUCCAGCUGCCAAGGCGACUUCCACCGAGGCCAGCACCACCACCAAGCCGGUAACAGCGGUGCCUGCCGCGACCAUCGUAGAGAUCGAGCCCGAAGUAGAGGAGGUGGCGCCAGACAUGACCGUCGACUACUCUGGAUGGGUGGCGGUCAUGAAGAAGAAGUGGCGAAGGCAGCGGUUGCAGAGAGCGAAGGAGCGAAAGGCGAGGGCUAGCGGUGGCGCUGACGCUUUUGGUGCCAAAGGUACCGUCGGCUCGCUCUUCUCGAAGCGAUCCGCAAACAUGGCCACUGCUGUCUGGGACGUUGUGCAGAUCUGCCCGACGUCGCGUCCAGGAGAAUACCGAAUGUGGAUCUCGAUCGAUCAACAUCUCCAGUCGCUCAAGCUCAAGGUGCCACGUCAGUUCUACGUCAACUUCAAGAGUCAGCCUAGCGAAUCUGUCUUCCUGCCCGGCGUCUACAAAGCCGAGAGACUUGUCAAGACGCUUCCGCGAGACACGCCUUGUCGACACCUCUACCACAUCACGGUGGAUGAAGAUGUGUACCAGGAGCAAGAGUCUCACUUCAGCAACCUCAUCCACCAUCCGAACGUCCAAGGUGUGUACGAAAAGCAGCUACCCCUCGACGUGCGGGCGCUCAUCCAGCUCGGCUCCACCUGCGUCUACGGUCGCAACGCGCAGGCGCAGAAGCUGAGCCGAGCGCUCGACACUGGAUUCCGCCUGCAAGAUCUUUCGGCACCGACCUCCGUCGACAUUUCUCCCAGCCACAAGUAUCUGUAUGGUGGUGCAGGCAUGCGCUACUUCUACCUAUACCAUGCGCAGAGGGAUGGCCGUCACGUCAUCAGCCUCUUCAGCCCCGAAGGCGAGAUCAAGAUGCACAUUGUCGACAGUGCUGGGUUGCGACAGGUGCCCAACGUCGAGACCAUGUAUGCGGAUCGUGUCGCACACAUGCGCAAGCGUGGGAAGCUGGAAGAGGGAAGCGGAGUCUUUGAGUACAGCGACACGAUGCGGGUCGAUGUGCGCGUUCACACCUCGACCGCGCGUGCUUUCAAGGCGAUCACCAAGGAUCUGGCUACGCUCAAGUCGGUGAAGCAAGGAUCGGCCAUGCUGGCGCUGUGCACGUCCAAGGACCAAUCGUACUACGAAUCGCGGAUCCCGAGUGUUGCCGAGUUCCCCGUCAUCAGGAUCGCAGCAGCCGCGCUGGAGGAUGACUUGCCAGCGCUCGGUUGGCAGCUCUAUUCGGCACGUAGGAUGCUACAGUGCUACCUGCGAGCGUCCAAUUGGAUUCGAGGUUGGAUCGAGCUCGCGAGCCACUUUGAUCUGCCGGUGUGCAAUAUGGAGAAGGACUUUACGAUUUUUGGCGCAGACAUCGAUUUCGCGCGCCGGUUGGUCAAGCAGGACAUGGUGCUGUGGUGGUCGCCCCAUCCGCAGCCGGAUCUGGGAGGCAGGGAGCAGGACAUUCAUGCUCAGUCGAGAUGGGACGAGCAGGAGUCGCUCGAGAUCAGCCAUGCGGGUGCCUACUCGACCGUCUGCCUCGAAGUCGGCCUGGUCGACCUGGCCGUCGAUUCGGUGCUUCAGUCUGGUAGCGUCAACGAGAUGGAAGGCAGCACGUCGGGAUUGGCCUUCGAAGGCGCCUCGCACAACCUCGACGAGUACUCCAGAGGUACCGUCGAAAGCUCCACCAUCUUGGGCGACUCUGUGCUCACCUCUGCCGUGUUCGCAGCUGUCAAGGGAAUGGUCAAGACGUGGUACACGACGAAGCGACGCAACCGCACCACGUACGCUUCGCUCCUGUCGGACAACUUUUGGAGGUGGGCGUCGUCGGAUAGCUCGGCGCUUUUCGAGCCGGCGCUUCAGCGAUUCUUGUUCGGAUUGAUGAAGAAGACGCUGCUGCAGUUGCUGGCCGAGUUCAAGAGGUUGGGUGCUUCGAUCGUCUAUGCAUCGUUCAACCGGCUGUUCUUGCUUACGAGCAAGCCGACAGCUGCGAAUGCGAUGGCGUACUCGAAGUACCUGUUGACGGCGGUGACGAGUAGGGAGCUGUUCAAGCACGUUCAAUUGGACAUCAUUCAUUACUGGGAGUACCUGCUCUGGAUGGAUACGGCCAACUUUGGUGGUGUGAUCGCUGAUGCCGAAUCGUUGGUUGCGCCUGCGGAGGAGCAGGAGGGUGGUGGACGGGAGGUGGCGGCGGCGACGUUCAACGUGGAGAUGAACUGGAACAUCCAGACGUUCUUGCCGGUGGCGGCGCAGGAGAAGUUUUCGGUGGCGGUGGGUUCGUUCAUCUACAGCUUGUACGAGUACAAGCGUCGGGCGGCGCUAGCUGGAGAGCACGAGCGGACGCCGCUUCGUGCUGUGUUGGAGCCCAAUACUCCUGCCAACGCGGUCAGUCCUCAUGGCGAUGCGGACAAGUCUGCCGGCGGCAAAGACGAUGCGGUGUCGACAUUGCCAGCGGCGACCAAGUUUACGACGGAUCUGAUCAACCACACGAUGACGCGCAAGCUUCUCAAGCAUCUCUCGGAACUCAAGACAGCGAUGCAGACGUCGUCUGACGAGAUCAACGCCGCUGUAGCGCGCGAUGAAGACGAAGAGUACAUCGACAUGCUCACCACGGAACAUCGACGGGUGUGGUCGUUCCCUGUGCUACCCGGAUCGUGGCUGACGCUGUCGAACCCGCUGCUGGAAUUCAUCAAGACGACCACGGCGGUGCUGUCGCUCGCCAAGGAACACUCGAACGAGGUGAUGAUCCUCAAACGGAACCUGCUCGACAUGAUCAACGUACGCGAGUUCUCCACCGAGGCCGAAUUCCGCAAUCCGUGCGAACCGUUCAAACUGCCGCUCGUCAUCUGCACGUUCUGCAACGACGAUCGAACGCUCGACCUGUGCAGAGAUGCCGAUCUCAUGCCCCCCACCACGUCGCAGCAGGGAGAGCCGAAAUGGAAGUGCGGCAAGUGUCAGUUCCCGUACAACAUGGAAUCGCUCGAAAUGCGUCUCGUUGGCAUGGCAAACGCCUACCUGGAAAGCUUCCAUCUGCAAGAUCUCAGGUGCAACAAGUGCGGCGCCCUCAAACAGUCCAACUUGCAACCCCAUUGCGAUUGCAGCGGCAGCUUCGGGCUGAUGGUCACGAGGAAGGAUACGCUGAAGAGGUUGAAGAGUCUAAAGACGAUUGCGGAGUUUCAUGGGUUGGAGACGACGGCGUUGGCGGUGGAGGCGAUUCUGGCGAUGGUGUGA